CUCGCACCGAGGGGCCGGCUUUCCAGGGCCACCAGCCAGCCCCUGGCCGGGGGCGCGGGCGCGGGCCGCAUGUGGCGACGCCUGGCGGUGCUGCUGCACGGGCCUGCCCUCGCACGGCCACCCGCGGGGGCCUCGCGCGGCGACUUGGCGGCGGAGAUCGCUGGGCUGCGGGCGGAGCCGCCCGAGUACCUGCGCUCGGUGCGGGAGCAGGACGGCGCGGUGAUCGCCCGGAUCGCGCUGCCGGGGUGCGCCAACGCCCUCGCGGUGCGGGUGGAGGUCCCCCCGGACUGGGGCUCGAGCGCGGCGCCCUCCGUGUCUGCGGAGGCCGACGGCAGGCACGUGCUGGUGGCCGCCGGCAACGGCUCCCUGCUGCUCCCGGAGCACACCCUCGCGCCGGGCUGGGCGUCGGCGCCCGCGGCCGACAGGGGCCUCGGGCUGGCGCUUGGGCUGGCACGGCGGGCGCUGCUCUCGCCCCCGUCGGCGCUCGGCGUGCCCCCGGGGGCGUUCGGCGCGCUGUGGCUCGACAAGGGCCUGCGGCUCGAGGAGGAGCUGCUCCGCGGGCGGCCGGCGGAGCUGCAGAGGAGGGCGCUGGACGGCUGGCACGAGAUCGGCCUGCGGUCCUUCCAGGGCCUCCACCGCGCCGACGCGCGCGAGCUGGUGCCGCUGUGGCUGCGCACGCUGCUGGCGUACAGGCCCCUGCACCCCGAGCUCCUGGGCGGCGGGCCGCUUCGGCCCGAGUGGCUGUCGCCCGAGCUGCUGCGGGCCGUGGCCGAGGCGGAAGCGGAGGGGCACCACCCCGGGAUGCGGGCAGGCGCGGGGAGCACGUGCAGCGACGCCGGGCCCGCCCCGGGCGGGCCAGUGUUGGCCAUGGCCGACGGCCUCUUCCGCCUGCAGGUGCUCGCGCCGCCGUUCUGCCGCAUGCUGGCGGAGGAGGUGCGGCGGUUUGAGGCCUGGGCCGCGGCCGACGCGGCGCAGGCGGGCGCCGCGGGGGAGCCUUCGGUCCCCUCCCCCGACCCGCUGGACGCCCUGGGCCUGCAGUGGAUCGCUCAGGAGUUGUCCGAUGGGUACCUGGCCCCGCUGGCGAGGUCGCUGCUGCGCGACAGGGACGUCGGCAAUCCUCGGAGGGCGUCGGUGAGGCACUACGCGCCAGACAUGGAGGAGCACCCUCGCGGCUUUGGGCAGGCCGCCUUUGGCCACCGAGAUGGCCACGCCGGGCCGCGGGGGCCGAUCGGCGCGCACCAGGACUCUUCCGUCUUCACAGCGAACAUCGCUCUCGCAGACGCCGCGGCGGGGGAGUUCAACGCUAGCAUGUUGUACUUCCUGGCGGCGUGCUUCGGCACUGCCACGUACCGGCGGCACGAGCUCACCGUUGACAUGGCGUCGCUGCCGCUGGGCACGGCCGUCAUGCACUCCGGGCUCAAGCGGCAUGCGUUCGACGGGGUCGGCGCCGGGACCCGCAUGAACAUGGUGGUGUGGCUGGGGAGCUCCCAGUACGAGAGGCCCGCGUUCGUGUCGCCUGGGCCCUGGGAGGGCGCGCUGGAGCCAGACCCCGCGUGCCUGGCGGAGGACGACGCCGACUAUUGCGGGCACUGCCUGGGACACUGCGGGCGCGGCGGGCGCUGUCGCGGCCAAAAA